CCCCUGAUGCGCCCUGCUACAUGCCUACUGUAGUACCGUAGUACUCCAGACUCCAGGGCUAUGUAUUGUACAAGUACAAUACAGGACACCCCCUUGCUACCCAAGUUGACAUCACCCUAGCAGUGCAACGUACUUGUAUUGUACAAUACAUAGUACCUAACUAGGGUAAAUUGCAAAAGCAAGGAUCUGGAACUUCUAUUUUCAAGCCAUCUUUCUCCAACUACAUCUCCGCUCUUGCACGUUUUCCACAUAUACAACCAUAUACAAUACGCAUAACACGCGUACGCAACAAGAUUUUUAUUUUAUUGUAAAUCGUCAUUGCAUGCAUCUACUGCCCAACAUUCUCGUGUUCUCAAACGCAUUUCAUACCCGGUACCAGGAAGCUUAGCCGGCAUCUUCAUUGUGCGGCCCGAGUAUUGUUUCCCUAUUCCCGUUCGUUUACCAGGGGUCCCAGUCCGCCGUUCUGGUGGGACACGUUCGAGAGCCUCACACCUACAGGACGCCACAUUUCAUCACAGGUACUCAGCUUAGGAACGUGAGCAAUGGCGGAUAUCCCAUUGCAAGUCAUAUCCGAGAAUUCGGUUUCGGAGAGGAGAAUUACUCCAUCAUGGUCGAUUACCCAACUGAGAAGAAAACUUGAGCCCGUCACGGGCAUUCCCCCGUCUUCUCAGCGUAUCAGCUUAAAGACCGCUACCAAGGAGACUAUAGCUGUCGAGGCUGCCGAUGAAGACACCGUACUCCUAUCAAAUUUCCCCUUGUCUGCCUAUGCAGAGCUGCAUAUCGUCGACACUCGGCCAGCUAGCCUCAGGUUGAAUUUGAAUGAUACCUCUGGUGUCGAGAAAUAUGUCAUGCCCGCAGAGGAGUACGAGAAGAAAUCUGACUCAGUCUUGGCUUGGAAGAAGGCUGAAAAAUUAGGCCGGUUCAAUCCGGAUGCUCCCAGCUUGGAAAAAGCCAAGAUCGAUGCCUUCAAUUUCGAUGUUAAAAGCAGGGGAAUAGAGGUAGGGAAAAGGUGCAGGGUUGGUGGCAAUGAUGCUCGCAGGGGAGAAAUCAAGUACGUCGGUGAAGUCAAGGAGAUCCCUGGCUCUAUAGGUGCUUGGGUUGGGGUACAUCUUGACGAACCGGUGGGAAAGAAUGAUGGUAGUAUUGGAAGUACUAGAUACUGGGGCACCGAAUCAGCGCUCAAACACGGUGUCUUUGUCAGACCAGAAAGGGUGGAGGUAGGCGAAUGGCCUAUGCUAGAUGACCUGGAAGACAUGGAAGAGAUAUGAUCUGAUCAGUCCACCAUCAAGUUUGUAUCUCAUAGAAAAUCUAAGUCAUUCUCAACCAUGGAAGGCAUCCAUGGAUGUUACUAUGAGACAAGAAAACUUACAGACUUUAGAAUACCCCUUAUAUCUUUUCAUUUACAGCACUACAUUAGUAUUUGGCCCCUAGAUGUAUCCCAGGUGCUACUGGGCACACGGCCUGC